CACCUACAAAAAAACUACGACAACAACAACACGAUAUAUACUAUAGUGACAAUACAUAUGACUACAGAUAGACAUUAAAGAGACAAUGACUUCAUUUAGCUAUCAUUUGGUUGUUAUUUGUCUCAUAAUUAUUAGGCAAAACAUAUCACAAACGGAUGGACUUCCAGAUGUCAUCAAAGUCGGUGGUCUGUUCGGUGAGGAUAACGAGGAACAGGAGAUGGUCUUCCGUAUGGCUAUCGAGCGGAUCAAUGCCGACCCGUCUAUAUUACCGAAGUCGACACUUGUGGCUCAGGUCGAGCGCAUCGGCAAAGAGGACAGCUUUCAUGCCGACAAAAGAGUGUGUGGCCUACUUCGCAACGGUGUGGCCGCCAUAUUUGAUCCGCUUGAAGGCUCCAUCUCCAGACACGUACAGUCCAUAUGCGACGCACUGGACAUACCGCACAUUAUUACCCGCUGGGACCUACAGGUAAUCAAAGACGGACUGUCUAUUAAUCUAUAUCCGCGGCCAUCCCUGUUGGCCAAGGCGUACGUGGAUCUCGUUAAGGCUUGGAGUUGGAAUCGCUUUGUUAUACUCUAUGAGGACAAUGAGGGUAUUGUACGGCUCCAGGAUUUUUUCAAAGAGGCUCAACUACGUAAUUGGGAAAUAAAACUAUACCAAUUUGAACAGGGUAAACCAUAUAGAGAUACAUUUUGGAAAAUCAAAGAGGAAAAUGAAUAUAAUAUUGUAUUGGAUGUUAAAAAACGUAAUAUUUAUAAUGUACUCAAACAGGCACAACAGGUCGGUCUCAUGACUGAACAGCACAGUUAUCUCAUAACCUUAUUGGACUUACAUACAGUCGACUUAGAGGACUUCAACUAUGGCCGCACAAAGAUUACAUCCUUUCGUAUUGUCGACUCAUCCAGUCUUGAACUCCAGAGCCUUAUAGACGACUGGCCAAUACUGACCGCACGGUUAGGCUAUAGGCGCACCAAAGCGCCUGAUAAUAGUAUUUCGACGGAAAGUGCGCUUAUCUACGAUGGGGUACGGCUAUUGGCCACAGCCAUACAGGACUUGGAUCAGAGCCAAACAGUUGAGAUACAGUCCAUCUCAUGUACGGCAGGAGUUCCCUGGGAAAAGGGGUCGUCACUAAUCAAUUAUAUGAGACCUAUCACUUUUCGCGGCAUAACAGGCCUCGUGGGCUUUGAUCAGUCGGGAUUCAGAUCCAGUGUUACGUUAGAUGUGAUGACCAUUGACUUAGAAGGCUCUGGACUACAGAAAAUCGGCAUCUGGUCUGAGGACAGCAAACUGGACAACAGUCUCAACAUAAGUAACCAAUGGAUCAGCCAUUAUACAAAACUAACCCUACAAAACGCCCACUUAAGUAUUACGACUGUAUUGAGUCCUCCGUACACAAUGGUCAAGGAGUCGUCCAAUACUAAGAUCGGUAACGACCAGUUUGAGGGCUUCUCCAUCGAUCUGAUCCAAGAGUUAUCAAAAAUAUUGCAUUUCAAAUAUGAAUUUCGAUUGGUUAAGGAUAAGGGUUACGGACGGCCCGACGCCAACGGCACGUGGAACGGUAUGAUCGGCGAACUGAUUCGUGGCGAAGCCGACAUAGCAGUAGCCGAUCUGACCAUAACAUCCAAACGUGAGGCAGCGGUUGACUUUACCCAUCCGUUUAUGAACACCGGUAUUAGCAUACUAUACAAAAAGCCGACCAAAAAGAUUACUUCGCUGUUUUCGUUUUUGUCGCCAUUUUCCAACAUUGUCUGGAUCUAUGUGGUCGGCGCCUACAUCGGCGUCUCGAGUAUGCUGUUCAUUGUCGGCCGACUCUCACCGUACGAAUGGGAAAAUCCGCAUCCGUGCCGCAAAAACGACGAAGUCCUCGAAAACGGCUUCAGUCUAAGCAAUAGCUUCUGGUUUACCAUUGGCUCACUUAUGCAACAGGGAAACGACUUGUCGCCCAAAGCCAUGUCCACGCGUACUAUAGCUGGAAUUUGGUACUUUUUUACGUUAAUAAUGAUCGCCUCCUAUACCGCCAAUUUGGCUGCCUUUUUGACUGUCGAAAAGAUUGUCUUCCCUAUCGAGGAUGCCGUAGGACUGGCCAAUCAGGACACUAUUAAAUACGGUUGUCUACAAUCAGGGUCUACCGCCUCGUUUUUCUCAGAAUCAAAUAUAACGACAUACAAGAAAAUGUGGAAACACAUGUCUAGCACACCGGGAGUACUCAUGGUAUCCAAUGAAGAGGCCAAACAAACUGUCGAAAGAAGUGAUGGCAAAUAUGCGUUCCUCAUGGAAAGUGCUUCCAUCGAGUAUACCGUCGAAAGAGACUGUAAUCUCACACAAAUCGGCGGUCUAUUAGACAGUAAAGGCUAUGGUAUAGCCACUGUAAAAGACUCACCCGUUCGGAUGCCUUUAUCGCAGGCCAUACUACAGCUCCAGGAGUCUGGUGUACUGUUGCUGCUAAAGGAACGGUGGUGGAAACAGAAAAAGGGCGGCGGACAGUGUGUCGAAGAUAAAAAAGGCGGCGGAUCGGUAACACCGUUGAAGAUCGACAACGUGGGCGGCGUUUUUGUUGUCCUAUUAGGCGGCCUAUCGUUUUCAUUGUUUGUAGCCAUACUCGAGUUUAUGUGGAAGGCUCGUAAUUUUGACGUUAGCCAAGAAACGAUAUGCGAGGAAAUGCUAAACGAUCUGAAGUUUGCAUUUUCCUGUCAGAGCUCAUCCAAAGCGGCCAAACCCCGAGCGGGCACUUCACUUGACUGUUAUAAAUAUAGCGACGAAAAAGGGUCGUCACUUCCGCCACAGUUUUCUACAAUUUAUUGA